AUGUCGUGCGGUGUCCCACAGGGUUCGGUUCUGGGGCCACCUCUGUGGAACAUCGGUUAUGACUGGGUGCUGCGCGCCGACCUCCCUACCGGCGUCAGCGUAAUUUGCUACGCUGACGACACGCUGGUACUGGCACAAGGGGGGUCGUACGAGGCGGCGGCGGAAACUAUGACACGCGGGGUUGCGAUAGUCGUUGAGAGGAUUCGGCAACUGGGUCUCGAGGUGGCUCUGCACAAGUCCGAGGCCAUGCACUUCCAUGGUCCUCGGAACAGGCCACCACCGGGAUCCUCAGUAAUGGUAGGAGGGGUAUCCAUCGGCGUCGAGUCGACGCUGAAGUACCUAGGACUCGUCCUCGACGGCCGAUGGAACUUCGUUGAGCACUUCCGACGUUUGGCUCCCAAACUGGAACGGACCGGGGCUGCCUUCAGGCGACUCCUGCCGAACCUGGGGGGCCAAACGCCUCCUGCCGGAGGCUCUACGCGGGGAUCGUGCGAUCCAUGGCCCUUUACGGGGCCCCGGUGUGGGCGCGUGGUUUGGCGCGGCUUGCCGUCCACCACCUGA